AUGGCCAGGAUAUGCUCACUACCCACAAAGAAGGCAGUGACAUAUGAGGACAUUCAUGUGAACUUUACUCGGGAAGAAUGGGCUUUGCUGGAUCCUUCCCAGAAGAGUCUCUACAGAGAUGUGAUGCUGGAGACCUACGGGAACCUCACUGCUGUAGGCUAUUACUGGAAAGACCAGAGUAUUGAGGAAAAUUGUCAAAAUCCUGGAAGGCCAGCAAGACAUAAAAGAACUCAUACUGGAGAGAAGCCCUAUGAAUGUGACCAAUGUGGUAAUGCCUAUGCCCGUCACAGUACUCUUCAAAGGCAUAAAAGGACACAUACAGGAGAGAAGCCCUAUGAAUGUGACCAAUGUGGUAAGGCCUAUACCUGUCACAGUACGCUUCAAACUCAUAAAAGGACACAUACAGGAGAGAAGCCCUAUGAAUGUAACCAAUGUGGUAAGGCCUUUGCCUAUUACAGUGUUCUUCAAAGCCAUAAAAGAAUACAUACUGGAGAGAAACCAUUUUCCUGUAACUUAUGUGGAAUUGGCUUUGCAAGUAACCAUAAUCUUCAAAGCCAUAAAAGAACUCAUACUGGAGAGAAACCCUAUGAAUGUGACCAAUGUGGUAAAGCCUUUGCCCGACACAGUGUUCUUCAAAAUCAUAAAAGGACACAUACAGGAGAGAAACCUUAUGAAUGUAACCAAUGUGGAAAGGCCUUUGCCCAUCACAGUACUUUUCAAAUCCAUAUAAGGACACACACUGGAGAGAAGCCCUAUGAAUGUAACCAAUGUGGUAAAAUCUUUACACAAAAGACAAAUCUUCAAAGGCAUAGGAGAACACAUACUAGAGAGAAACCUUAUGAAAGUACCCAUUGUGGUAAAGCCUAUGCCGGUCACAGUGAUCUUCAAAUUCGUGAAAGGACACAUACUGCAGAGACGGCCAAUUAA